AUGAAUACGUUUACGACAAAAAGUACCCCGUUGUUGGGUCGCUCCAAUUCCUCCGACAACCUCCACGACUUGGCCGACAACAACAGCAAAGUAACCUCGCCCAAUACUAGCCUGGAGAACAAGGUCGCCGUCAAGAAGGAAUUGACUCAGCUAGAGAACUUUGGCGUGUCUGCCCUGGCUCCCUCCAUAGCCGUCCUCUUCACCAACCCCUUCGACACCGUCAAGGUCCGCCUCCAGCUCCAAGGCGAGUUUGUCAAGACAAGGGAGCCCGGCCGCAAUGGCAAAGAAGUCGUCAGAGUGUCUGAGAAGGUCUAUAAAUCUUCUCUCGACUGCCUGCAAAAGACCUUUCGACACGAGGGAAUCCGUGGUCUGCAAAAGGGUCUCUUCCCUGCCAUUCUCAAGGAGUCAUCGAAAAACAUUUUCCGACUUGGACUCUACGACCCCAUCCUCAACGCAAUGCACCCACUGAACUACCCCGGAGAGGCAAGCACUGCUCCAGCAUGGAAACGGAUGAUCGCGGGAGCGGCCUGUGGUGCAAUGGGAGCUAUCAGUGCGAACCCCUUUGAGCUCAUCAAGACCCGACUCCAGUCCCAUUCCACCGGAGGACUUGCUGUCGGGAACCAAUACGCCUACACUGGCACUUUCUCUGCACUCCGGACCAUUAUCGUGAACGACGGAGCAAUGACCCUCUACCGUGGAUCUGUGAUCUCGAUCGCUCGGUCGAUGCUUGGAAGUGCUGCCAACUUGACGACCUAUUCACUCCUCAAGGACCAUGCCAGGAACAAUUGGGGCGCAAAGGACGGAAUCAUGCUGGAUAUGGCUAGCUCCCUCGUCAGCGCCUUUAUCAGUGUUGUCGUCAUGAACCCCAUGGAUGUUGUUCGCAUCCGCCUCUACAACCGAUCGUCGCAGUCUUCAUCGCAGACGACUAUGCAGUCAGUUCGCCACAUCCUGACGACCGAAGGCCCCAUGGCGUUCUACAAGGGCUUCUCGACACACUUUAUGCGUAUCGGACCCCAUUUCACCCUGACAUUUGUCUUCUUGGGCAUGUUGAAGCGUCAACUCAUCGAGGGCUCAGGCCCAGUCGAGGCCACCAAAUCAUCCUCCCACACCCUCCACCCCAGGGACGAAAGCACUUCCUCCUCUUCGUCCCCCUCGUCGUCAUCGACGUCCUCAAUAACCACCGGCGUGAUCGCAAGACGCGAAGAACAGAUCUAG